AUGGCCGGACGGGCUUUACUCUUGGCGGCCCUUCUGGCAGGCGCAUGCCUUUCUGUUGCGGGUGCGGUGACAAAUAAGUCGGCGGUGGCAAUCAACGUAACAAUUCAUGUUCAAGCAGGCUCAGCUGGCGGGCGAACGACCUCCUCCAGACGUAGACUCCUCAGUGAGGCGCACGAGCAGGCGCGGCGUAUGGUUAUGGAUUUCCACAACACUCGCCGCUCCGUUCAGGCAGUCCAAUCCCUGCUUAGUCUCUUUAGGGCCAUCAAUAUCACCACCUUGUCAUCACUUGUGCCCAAGGCAGAUAACCCCAUUGUCGUUGGGAAGACUGCCGAUAAGGACCUGUUCAUCGUCGACGGCAAGCAACAACGCAUCAACUCGAUAACUUUUGUGUUCAAGAGCUCAUCCUGCGGCUUGAACCCCUCCCUCGACGCCAAUAAGCUCCGAUCAUGGUGGUUCGAUCGAGGCAACAGCGCACCAAUAGUCGCCACCUUGCAACGCUAUUAUAACUCGUGCUCGUACAACCAGCUCAUCUUCCAGCCGGAGGACAAUCUGGUGUUUGACGUGGACAUCCCUUGCGCUGGAAGCACAUCAAGGGGGAAGUACGACUUGAGGACUGGGAAUGGAAACGGUGUAAACGCUGAUAACGAGUUGUACGGGUUAGUGGAGCUCGCAAAGCAGUACGUUCAACCAUGGGGGGGGCCUUCCGCCAGUUCCGCCAGGAGCCGCAUUCAGAUACGGACAGACAGUACUGUAGCACAGGCCAUGGUGGGCUGUGCUCAGGACCAGGACUGCUAUACCUGGAUCAACCCUGGCGUGGCGGAUGACAGACCGGACAUGCCUGUCGUGUUCCAAGAGCUUGGGCAUAACAUCGGUCUGCUGCACUCCGGCCGCAUAGCAUGCGACCAAAUGGGCUGCCAGCGUGACGAAUAUGGCGACCCAGCCGACCCCAUGGGUUCCGCCUGGGCAAUGGAUCCGCUCAAGCAGAUUGUGUGCACCAACGCGCCGCAGUCGUACAAAGCCGGCUGGUCGUCACCCAUUCUGGGCGGCCACUUAAACGCGUCGGACCUGAAGCCUGGCAUUUCACGGGAUUUCGUCAUACCGUCCAUGUUAACCACUAAAAUGAACAUGCUGCGCAUCGUGACGGAUAUAAGCAGUUAUAGCAUCGAUGAAAGCAGCAAGCCGCAGCGGGCGCUGUACGUUUCCUACAGGGUCCGGCCCAGUGAGGCUGGAGGUUAUGACUCGGGACUGAACACAAACUGGAAUAACCGCGUCUGGUGCGUGCACACUCCUUCGUUUCACGUUACCAUGCAUAUGCUUUUUUUACGUUUGAUUUCCGGACGCUUGCUCAGGAUUCAUGAAUACAACGACACGGCUAAUGGCAAUCCGGGAGUUUCUGGCAGAUUGCCGCUGGUGUUGGCGAUGCUGACGGAUGAACGGAACCCGCCCAACAUCGGUAGCGGCUGGGGUCGCCUGUCUCGCAGCUUCUCACAGUUGGUGCCGGGGCUGGGUGGCAUGACGAUCAGAAUCAAAACCAGAACUCCUGACAACGCAACGGUAUCGGUAUGCCGCUUCCUAAGGCAGCUUGAGGGUGAUGGCCCGUCUAGUGUGACUUGUGACGAUGGCAUCGACAACGACUGUGAUGGGCUGGUGGAUAUGGACGACCCGGACUGCAACACCUCCCAGCGGUUCCCACCGCCAACAGCAGCGGGCGCCCCGGCGCGGCCACCGCCGCCACCGCAGAAGGCGUCCUCCAGGCUCACCUCGGCCUCCUCCGGCGACUCCAUCGCGGCCUAA